AUGCAAUACGACUGGGCACCCGAAGAAUUACAGCAAAGGCGACGUCUCGUUCAGUUUUGGCGCGAGGAGCGUGACAACAAGAUCGUAUGUGCGUUCCAACCUGUGCCUCAAGAAUCCUACCGCGGUCGAGUCAACCGAAUCAGCCCAUUCUGUAUCGUUUCUUGCAUCUUUUGGGAAUCCCAAAGGCAGUGUUACAUGACGUCUGUCGACUUGGUUGUUUUGCUAGAAUUUCUCUUGAAUAUUCGCAUGUCGAUGGAAGAAAAGAACCGCGUAAGGCGCAAUUUGCAAAUUUAUAAACCAGUGACAGCAGGCAAGAAUCGUGAUGAAACCAUGGAUAUAUACCGGUUGAUUAUGAGCUUCCCUAGUCCCAAACCGAGGCAUAUCGAAAAGGAUAUCAAAGUGUUUAAUUGGAAUACGGUCCCCUUGGCGCUCCAAAAAGUUGUUACUAAAUACCACACAUCUGUUCUUAAGAAGAAACAGAAGCACCAGGAGCAGUAA